UAUAUCACCAUGUUCAAAUUAAGCCACCUCGCAGUUUUGUUGACAAUAGCUGUCACCGUGUACUCGCAAGUUGACAUUAACCCAUAUAGGGAUUGCGGCUAUCACGAUGUGACCAACGUAGAAAUAGUAGGCUGUCCCCGAGCGGCCCAACGAUGCACCUUAGAUCGUGGCGGUGAAAAAAUCUUAAAUAUAACUUAUGAUUCGGAGUACAGCGUGGAGAAAGCGCAAAUCACCUUGAUCGCCCACGUGGGCAAAGAGGAGAUAGACCUGUCCCAUGAGAUACCCGGCUUCCAGCGCGACGGCUGUAAGGCGACCACUUGUCCCAUAAAGUACGGCGAAGAGGCGGUGUUCAGCGAUACGCUCAAGAUCGGAGACCGGUAUCCGUCCGGCGAUUUCGAGCUCCAGGUGCUGCUCAUCGGCGACAACAACGUCAUCUUCUGCAACGUUAUCCUCUGUCAUAUGAAUGAUGGUUAACCAGGUCAUUAUGCAAUAGAUAUCACCUUGUUAGUUUUACAACUACAACAAAAUUACAAGUUUUGUUUUCAUAAGUUUAAUCAAAAAUGUAUGUUAUAUUAUAUAACUUAUAUAAAUGUAUAUUGUAUAAUGUAAUAAUAAGUUAAAUAAAAAUUUAA